GCAAAGCAAUAUGCCUCAGGCAUUAAUUAGAUUACGAGCAGCCAGUGUGUCUAUCUGUGUACAAAAAAUUCGUGUAAAAUCUUAUGGAUUCCUGGGCCUGCGAAAAUAUGCGGAAUAUGAAAUCCAUAUAACAUAUAUGUCUGAUCGAGAUGGUUGGACACAAUCGUUUCCGUAUUUCCGUUACAGUGAGCUUCGAGCAUUUCAUAAGGUGCUUCGUCAAAAUUUUCCGCGAUUUCUUUGUGGUGAUUUUCCCGAGAAGAAAAUUUUCAGGAUUUACUGCACAGAUAAUUUGUCCCAUGAAUUCCUAUUGAAUCGCGCAUGUAAAAUAGAAAAAUUCUUAAUUAUAUUAGUAAAAUCUUUUGGCGAUGUUGACGUUGUAUUGAGAUUUCUUGGAAUUGAUUUGGAUAAUUUGACACCCGGACGAAUUCCAAAUGAAAAUUUAUAG